UGAGACUGUUAUAGAUAUUUCAGCAGCCAGUCAGAUGAGACCAUUAAAUGUGUCUGUAUAACCUCCAGAGCAUCCUUUAGAAAAGCAAGCGAGCUAAUCAUGCUGCUGGUUCCUGUCUGAGCGCCUGGACUCUAAGUGAAAAUGUUGAGGAGGAAACCGACUCGUCUGGAGCUUAAGAUCGACGACACUGAGGAGUUCGAGAGCGUCAAGAAGGAGCUUGAGGCCAGAAAACGUCAGCGAGAGGAGGCAGAGUCGGGAGGUGGAGUGGGUGGGGGAUCUGUAAUUGGUGUUGAUGUAAUUGGGGGUGGAGCCUCUGCCUCAGCAUCGUCCUCCACAGCCGCAUCAAGGGCAGAGCUUAUCAAUGAGCGAAUUGGCUACAAGCCCCACCCUAAACCGGCGACCCUGCCGACCUUAUUUGGAAGUUUACAGUUUUAAUGAUGAAUAAAGUUUGAGCAGAAAAAUCU